AUGCAGCGGACCGGCGAUGCCCAGCCGUUCCUGGACGAGCUCACGGCCGAGGUCUCGGCCGCCCCGGCCUCGCGGGCGCCUCCGGCCCACGCUCACGAGCGCCGAGGCGGGCGCUGGCAGCUCGCGGCCGCCGCGCUGGCGGCCGCGGCCUGCGGCGCGUGCCUGGCCGCGGCCGCGGCGCCGCGGCCCCGCGGGCCCGCCGGCGGCCCCGUGGGCCUCGCGAGCGCGGAGGGCCCGCGCGCCGCGCCGGCCCUGAGGAGGGCCGCCGCGGGGCCGAGGGCGCCCGAGGAGCGGCCCCGCGGCCAGGGCCGCCGCGAGGAGGAGCUGGGCGCCGGGCGGCCGCUGUCGACGCAGGCGCCAGCGCGGCAGAUGUACGACUCGGUUCGCACAACCGCCCCGCCAAUUCGGGACAUCAAGAGGCUCGAGCAGAUCACCUUCCACCCAAAGUCGCGCAACGGCUUCAGCGGGGAGCCCGAGCUCGGAGGAGGCGAGGGCGAUGACUCUGCUGGAACGGCUGGCGACGUCGAGAGCGCGGCGGGGACCAGGGAGCAGACCGCAGAGGACCGCUCCGGCCUGCAGGUGUCCGACGGUGGCAAGCACGACGCGGAGUUGCCGGGCAAAGGGGCCGCCGCCAGGGGUGACCCGGAGGCCCCAGAAGGGACCUGCGAGCGGUACGGAUGCGACACGUUCGACGAGCGGAACCUAUGCCAGUGUAACGACGACUGCGUUGACUUCCGCACGUGCUGCCCAGACUACGCCGAUGUCUGUGCGGAGCCAGAGGAGAUGACCUCGGCCCCGCCGCUGGCGCGCAGUGAUGCUGCGCGGGCCAGCUGCAAGGCGUACGGCUGCGGCUCGUUCGAGGAGGACCGUGAGUGCCAGUGCAAUGACAAUUGUGAGAAGUUUCACAGCUGCUGCGAUGACUACUCGGACGAGUGUGGCGACUCGCCCCCAGGCCGCGGAGGUGGCCUUGACCACGGCGCCACGACUGCACCGGAGGCGGAUGGUGCGGGCCAGGACUGCACCGAGGGCUACGAGACCAGGCUGUUCUCGUGGACCGAGGAGAAGAAGAAGUGGUGCUGCCAGCACAAGAACAAGGGCUGCGAGGGCGCGCCGCAGGGCGAAGGAGGAGGAGGAGGAGGCCAUGGUGGCGGCGGGAACGGCGGAGGCGCCUCGUGCAAGCACUUCGGGUGCACCGAGGACUACGUUCGAGGCCAGGAAUGCCAGUGUAACGCGAAGUGCCAGGAGCACGACAGCUGUUGCGAGGACUACUCGGCCGCGUGCAGCGCUGCUGGCAGCCACACCGCAGGCGCCUCCAGGCCUGAGCCUGGGGGCACGGCAAGCUCUGCUGGCGCCGAGGGCUCCCGAGGAGGCGGCGCCAGCGUCAGCGGUGGGUUCUCCGGAGGUUCCUGCGCGACGUACGGCUGCGUGAGUUUCGCCGAGGACCACGCGUGCCAGUGCAACUCGGGCUGCGAGCAGUACGACUCCUGCUGCGCAGACUUCGCCGAUGUCUGCACUGCUGGCGCGCUCGGCCACAGCAGUGCCCACGCGCCCGCUGGCGGUGGCCCGAGCCACGGUAACGAUGGCCGCGGCGACGACGACUAUUUCUCGUCUGAAGCAGCGCCGGCACAGCAUUCCUCGGGUGCCACCGCCCAGCAGCACCACGUGACCGAGGCCGACUACGAGCAGACCCCCGCCGCCGAGACCGACUACUCGCGCCCGUCGGCGGGAGUGCCGGCCCCGCCGCCCGCGAACCCGCCGCAGCCCACCGAGCCGCCCUCGACGACGCAGGGGGCCCCGGCGCCCACGCCGGUGCCCACGCCCCCGCCGACGCCGCCGCCGCCCACCCCGGACCCCGACGCCGACCUCGCGCUGCGCUGAGCGGCCGAGGCCCUCCGGCCGUCCGGCCCGCGGCCGCUGCGGCCGCGGGCGGGUGGCCGCACUGGGCGCCCUUGGGGGGCAGCCGGGUGGACCCAGUCUGGGGAGCAGCAGCAGCAGGAGCACUGGCGCGCCUGGGCCCUGGCCCGGGAAACGAUUUUGAGUUGCCGUUGUCUCAACUCGCCCUGCACUGAGGCACCGGCGCCGCAGAAGAGCACGAGAGUCGGGAGGUCGAGGGCUCUAGGCCUGCGGUUUCAACUGUGAAUGCUACGCCUGCUGUCGGGUGCAUUGACUCCAGGUCUGCGGCCUGGGCAGGAUCGGAUCGGCUGUGGCGGCGCGCAAGGGGCGAGCCGGGCGAGAGGAGCCCCGUGUCUCGCAGGGCGUUUCGGAUGAGGUGGAUGAGGGUGGCGGCUGGCGCCACUCCGAGUGGCCCCGCCCUUCUGCGCUCUGUCAGGCUCAUGAGAAGCAGCACGCGUUGCGAAUAGGAGUAGAAGGCUAUUGCCUCACUCCCCCCUGUCCCAUCCCAUCCUCUGCUGAAUUGCUGUUCGAAUUCAGGCAAGCUGAAGCGGGCUUGCUGCACGCGUGCACCGCCACCUGCCCGCAAGGAGAAUCUCCCCCCUGUGGCACCUCCUCGGUUUGAAAGCUUCGCCGAAGGCCGAAGUCAAUUCUAAUCUGCCGCAGUACAAUCUGACCGUGGCGGCGGCCGUUUUGGGGGAGUGACAAUUCUCGGUCUCCUUUCGCUGUCCUCU